AUGAUUGAAAACAUAAAGCAAGAUCAAUAUGACGAGUUGAUGGCCCGCCUAAAUGCCUUAGCCUCUCGUGAGGCAGACUUGCGAGAUGCCCUUUACGCGAACAUGAUAUCUACGGAGAACACCAACAAUGAGCUCCGUAUCCUCAAAAUUCGAGCCUACGACCAAGAUAAAACCAUGGAAUUGGAAGUUAUCCAAGAGGGACUGAGAGAACAAGAAGUACAGCUGACCGUGGAUCACCACCACGCCUGUUCUCAGUGCGCAGAGGUUGAGAGCUUGCUCAACCUGCUUGGCCACACCUAG